CACCAACUGACUGUUUUUUCUGAUGUUCACACAGGAUACCAUGUUGAGACAUUCUCCACAUCCAGAGAGCAACAGCAGGAAGAUCAGAGAGCUAAGAGGUCUCAUCACUGCCCACAUUGUGAAGAGAUUUUCCCAUUUCUAUCAAAGCUAAAAAUACACCUAAAAAUACACACAGGAGAGAAGCCUUACUCCUGCGCUGACUGUGGAAAAUGCUUCAAAACAUCAACGGUGCUAAAACUUCAUCAGAGAACACACACAGGAGAGAAGCCUUUCUUCUGCCCUGACUGUGGAACUCGUUUCUCUCAACUUUCCUACUUAAAAUCACAUGAACGUCUCCAUACAGGGGAGAAGCCAUACUCCUGCUCUGACUGUGGAAAAUGUUUUAAAACAUUAGGUCAUAUAAAGGUUCACCAGAGAACACACACAGGAGAGAAGCCUUACGUCUGCUCUGACUGUGGAAAAUGCUUCACAACAUCAACUCAUCUAAAAGUUCAUCAGAGAACACACACAGGAGAGAAGCCUUAUUACUGCUCUGACUGUGGAAAACUUUUUAAAACAUCAAAUGAGCUAAAAGUUCACCAGAGAACACACACAGGAGAGAAGCCGUAUUACUGCUCUGACUGUGGAACUAGUUUCUCUAAAUUUUUCAACUUAAAAACACAUGAACUUAUACAUACAGGAGAGAAGCCUUUCCUCUGCUCUGACUGUGGGGCGAGUUUCUCUCAUCUGGGCACCUUAAAAACACACCAACGUAUACACACAGGAGAGAAGCCUUAUUCCUGCUCUGACUGUGGAAAACGUUUUAAAACAUCAAAUGAGCUAAAGGUUCAUCAGACAACACACACAGGAGAGAAGCCUUACGUCUGCCCUGACUGUGGAACUAGUUUCUCUCAGCUUUCCCACUUAAAAUCACAUGAACGUGUACAUACAGGGGAGAAGCCAUACUCCUGCUCUGUCUGUGGAAAAUGUUUUAAAACAUCAAAUGGGCUAAAAGUUCAUCAGAGAACACACACAGGAGAGAAGCCUUACGUCUGCUCUGACUGUGGAAAAUGCUUCACAACAUCAACUCAUCUAAAAGUUCAUCAGAGAACACACACAGGAGAGAAGCCUUAUUCCUGCACUGACUGUGGAAAACGUUUUAAAACAUCAAAUGAGCUAAAGGUUCAUCAGAAGACUCACACAGGAGAGAAGCCUUUCUUCUGCUCUGACUGUGGGGCGAGUUUCUCUCAACUUUCCCAUUUACAAUCACAUGAACGUAUACAUACAGGAGAGAAGCCUUUCUUCUGCUCUGACUGUGGGGCGAGUUUCUCUCAGCUGGGCACCUUAAAAACACACCAACGUAUACACACAGGAGAGAAGCCUUAUUCCUGCUCUGACUGUGGAAAAUGUUUUAAAACAUCAACUGAGCUAAAGGUUCACCAGAGAACACACACAGGAGAGAAGCCUUACGUCUGCUCUGACUGUGGAACUAGUUUCUCGCAACUUUCCAACUUAAAAUCACAUGAACGUAUACAUACAGGGGAGAAGCCAUACUCCUGCUCGGACUGUGGAAAAUGCUUCAAAACAUCAACUGAGCUAACAGUUCAUCAGAGGACAGACACAGGAGGAAGGCCUUAUUCCUGCUCUGACUGUGGAAAAAGUUUUAAAACAUCAAAUAAGCUUAAAGUUCACCAGAGAACACACACAGGAGAGAAGCCUUACGUCUGCUCUGACUGUGGAACUAGGUUCUCGCAACUUUCCAACUUAAGAUCACAUGAACGUAUACAUACAGGGGAGAAGCCAUACUCCUGCUCUGUCUGUGGAAAAUGCUUCAGAACAUCAACUAAGCUAAAAGUUCAUCGGAGAACACGUACAGGAGAAAAGCCUUACUCCUGUUCUGACCGUGGGGUGAGUUUCUCUUGACUGGAUACCUUAAACACACACCAACAUAUACAUAAAGGAGAGAAGCCAUACUCCUGCUCUGUUUGUGUAAAAUGCUUCAAAACAGUAACCGAGCUAAUAGUUCAUCAGAGAACACACGCAUGAGAGAAGCCUGCUUACGUCUGCUCUGACUUUUGGGCGAGUUUCUCUCACCAUAGCAACUUAACACACCAAUGUAAUCACACAGGAGAGAAGUCUUACUCCUGCUCUGUAGAAGGGUGGGCAGUGUAACACAAACUUCUAGUCAAAGGCUGCUGUGUUUAGAAUCUCAUCAAGGAGGACUGUAGCAUUUUAGCUAAUCAGCAACUUUGCAACUACUUACUACUUUUUAGCUAUUACUUAGCAUGUUAGCUUAGCAUGCAACUACUUAGUAUGUUAGCUAACCUUUCCCCUAAAACCAUUUAACCCCUCACCCAUAACCUAGCUAACGUUAGCAACAACAAAUUGGAAUUCGUAACAUAUCAUACAUAUUACUAGUUCGUAACAUAUUGUAUGAAUAGCAAUGCGUAAAAUAACGUAAGAAUUGUAAUUCGUAACAUACGAUACAUCCUAUAAGUCGUAUUAUACUGAACAAUUUAAACACAACAAUUUCAAAGAUGUAUAGUUCGUAUAAGGAAAGCAGUCAUUUUAAAUAAGAGGUCAUAAUCUAUGGAUUUCACAUGACUGGGCAGGGGCUCCACCAUGGGUGGGACUUGGGAGGGCAUCGGCCCACUUGGGAGCCAGGCCCAUUCAAUCGGCAUGAGUUUUUCCCCACAAAAGGUCUUGAUUACAGCCGAAAUACUACUCAGCCCCCUCCCAGACAAUCCUGCAGGUGAAGAGGUCCUGGGCUGCCGUGGUUACAUGUGAUCUGCAGUUGUGAGGCCGGUUGGAUGUACUGCCAAAUUCUCUAAAAGGACGUUAGAGGUGGCUUAUGGUGGAGAUAUACAUAUUGAAUUGUCUCCUGCAGUCAUCAUGUAAUUGCACAUUCCCUGAACUUGAGAUAUAUGUGACAUUGUGUUGUGUGGCCUUUUAUUGUCCCCCAGCACAAGGUGCACUUGUGUAAUGAUAAUGCUGUUUUAUCAGCAUCUUGAUAUGCCACACCUGUCAGGUGGAUGGAUUAUCUUGACAAAGGCUGAAAUGCUCACGAACAGGGAUAGUAACAAAGUUGUGCACAACAUUUGAGAGAAAUUAGCUUUUUCUGCACAUGGAACAUUGCUGGAAUGUUCAUUGCUGGAAUGUUCAGCUCAUGAAACCAACACUUUACGUGUUUAGUUUAUAUUUUAGUUCAGGUUACAUUGGUAGUCCAAUGUAAUAUAACCUAACAUACUAAAUGGAGUGGCACGGAUGUUUUUGUGAUACAUAAUACGUUUUGCUCUGAGACCAAGUUGUCCCUCUGUAGUAUUCUGUGGGAAGGAGCUAGUAGACACUUCAUUAAAAAAACAUUUUUUUUAACCUUUAUUUAACUAGGCUAGUCUGUUAAGAACAAAUUCUUAUUUACAAUGAUGGACUAGGAACAGUGGGUUAACUGCCUUGUUCAGAGGCAGAACAACAGAGUUUUACCUUGUCAGCUCGUGGACCUUUUGGUUACUGGCCCAAUGCUCUAACCACAAGUCUACCUUCCACCCCUAACAUGUAUCAGAUAGAGAUGGUGUGAUGAUCACUUUUCACCACUAGUUUGGGGGGAUUAUUUUACAACUUUAUUUAAUGAUACACAGUUUAUUAAAUUAAUCCAUGUGUUUAUUAAUUGUCUUUCAAACUAGAUGAGUUAUUUUAGUUACUGAUCAUGAAUGUGUUUGGAAAACUGCAUUGAAGCAAACUUUAUUGAUCUGCCAAUGAAAAAUAAAGUUACAUGAAUAUGUA